GAAGUAGAACAAGCAACCAGAUGGGAAGGGUAUGUGAACUGGAGGAACAAACCUGCUCUUAGAGGCCGUCACGGUGGCAUGCUUGCUGCCUCCUUCGUUUUGGUGGUGGAGGUACUGGAGAGUCUUGCGUUUGUGGCGAAUGCAAGCAAUUUGGUGUUGUACAUGAUUAAGUACAUGCACAUGUCUCCUACAAAUUCUGCAAACAGUGUCACAAAUUUCAUUGGAACGGCCUUCCUCCUUGCCCUCCUUGGUGGUUUCUGCUCUGAUGCUUUUCUCACCACUUAUCAAACCUUUCUCAUUAGUUCAGUUUUUGAAUUCCUGGGAUUGAUUCUGCUUACUGUGCAAGCUCAUGUGGCUUCACUGAGGCCAGCAGCAUGUGAGGCAGGCACCCCAUGCCGUGAAGUGAGUGGUGAAAAAGCAGCGAUGCUGUUUGCCGGGCUUUAUUUGGUGGCUCUUGGAAUUGGAGGGAUCAAGGGUUCACUGCCACCACAUGGUGCUGAGCAAUUUGAUGUGAGCACCCCAUCUGGAAGGAAGCAACGAUCAACCUUCUUCAACUACUUUGUCUUCUGCUUGUCUUUUGGUGGCCUUCUUGCUUGUACAUUUGUAGUGUGGCUUGCAGACAACAAAGGUUGGGAAUGGGGUUUUGGAAUCCCUACCAUAAGCAUUUUUGUAUCUAUCCCUGUGUUCUUGGCAGGCUCUUCUACUUAUAGGAACAAGGUCCCUUCUGGAAGUCCACUUGCCACCUUUGUCAAGGUACUGGUUGCUGCUACACUUAAUGGUUGCUCCAGCAGAAACUCUGGCAGUGUAGUAGUGAGUACAGCUUCAAGUCCACGUAACGAAAACAAGGAGAGCGAAGCCCUAACAAAUAGCCUAAAAUUUCUCAACAGAGCAGUUGAAAGCAACCCAAAGUAUCCAUCAAUGAAAUGCACUGUGGAACAAGUGGAAGACGUGAAGAUAGUGUUGAAAGCACUACCCAUAUUUUUUUGCACCAUUAUGCUAAACUGUUGUCUGGCUCAACUAAACACUUUCUCUGUUGAACAAGCGGCAACUAUGAACACCAGACUUGGUUCCUUAAAGGUGCCACCAGCCUCCUUGUCAGUUUUCCCUGUGGUCUUCAUCAUGAUCCUGGCACCAAUUUACGACCUAGUAAUCGCCCCGUUUGCAAGAAAAUUGACCAAAACUGAGAUGGGAAUCACUCACCUCCAAAGAAUUGGAUUUGGAUUAGUCCUCUCAAUAUUUUCCAUGGCAGUGGCAGCGGUUGUUGAAGUAAAGAGGAAAAGGGUGGCCAUAAACUCAGGUCUUGUGGAUGAUGCAACCAAACCACUACCCAUCUCAUUCAUGUGGGUUGCUCUUCAAUACUUGUUCCUUGGUUCCGCUGAUCUUUUCACCUUUGCUGGGUUGCUGGAAUUUUUCUUCACAGAGACAUCGAUUAGGAUGAGAUCUUUGGCCACAUCACUCAGUUUUGCCUCUUUGGCUGUGGGAUACUACUUAAGUUCAGCAAUCGUGUCAAUAGUAAACAGUGUCACUGGUAACAUCUCACACAGACCAUGGUUAUCUGGUGCCAACCUUAACCACUAUCAUCUAGACAACUUUUAUUGGCUUCUGUGUGUGCUAAGCGUGUUGAACUUCUUACAUUACCUGUUUUGGGCCUUCAGAUACAAAUAUAGAGGGAUAGGAACCGCAAAAGAAUGA